GGACUUCCGGUGGCCGUCGUGCAAAACUAGCUAGUGUUCCCAGCCUCCGCAGGUCCUGCCGGACACUCGGGAAACGAUUCAAGAAGGAAAAACAUGCCCUUUUGGAGACUUGUGGCUACUUUUGCGACCUUGUAGAAAAGAAAGAGCACACGUGGAUGGGCGAUCGGACGGCAUUGCUGUAGGAGGAGCGCUGCAGGACGCUGGUGGAUUGUAAUGAAAUGAUCCCCGAGGACCCUCGGUGUUUGCGCGACGUGCCGGAUGCAGGAGCGCCUCCAGUUCCUGGUGGUGCUACAUCUAUGGAAGGACAAAACGGGACGUCAUGCAAAGGCUUUUGGGAUUGGAGAGCUCGGCCAGUAACAGAGCAUGGAUCUCAAAAGAAAAUCUGCAAUGAUACACUUCCGUUUCUGUUGGCACGUCUCAAGAUCUGACCAAACAGUGUUAAAGGCACAAUGGCAUUUUGAACAGCUUUACAACUCAUUUACUCAAAAGCAGCUUAGUUACCAUGAUGACUGAAUUAGCUAGUCUGCCUGCUACAAAUGCACAUGGAAGUAAUUCUCUUCAACUGAUCUAAUGAAACCGUCACACAAUGGAUGAUUUACACCACAAUUCUACAAUGAAGGAGUCCUGCACAAUCUUGGAGGACACCUGUAUGUCUAAAAUGUCUCCCAAAGAAGACAACAAACAGCAUGAUGGUCUAGUGGAGGUUAACAACAAGGACUCUUUUGAUAAUCAUACAAAAUCUGUACAAGACCCUACAGAAAUGCAAGCACCCAAUGGCAAGUCUCUGUCUGGUAUUUCCUGUGAUGGAAUGUCUAGUUUGAAGGAGGGUUCGGAAAAAGAUGAGAAAAUGAAUGACGCCAAUCACGAACAUGGCGGUUCAGAGCCUCAGAGAGCCUCUUUACGUAUCGAACGGUCCAAACAAGCAAGUGAGGUGGCUACUGCCUCGAUUAGCUUAUCUACUAUCUGUGUACCACUUUCAACAGCUGAGCAGAAGCACAACGUUCAGCAGUGCAUUCUGAAACCUUUGACUAUAACCGAUUGUCCUCCUAAAGAAAGCAACGCGGCGAACGCUUAUAACCCACUCGAAAGAGAUGGCUCCUCGUAUCGUGGCCGCCCACGCAAGGAAAAACGGCUCAUCAAAUGCGAAUUCUGUGGACGGCUCUUCAACCAUGCGUCAGCUUACAUAAUCCACCGUCGUGUCCACACGGGUGAGAAGCCUUUCAGUUGCCAGGUUUGUGGUAAAGCCUUCGCUCAGCUUUCCAACCUUCGUUCGCACACAAAGAUCCACAACGCACCGAAGAGUCUAACUUUGCAAAACUCCAGCAUAUCCCUAAACAAAGCCAUUGCGCCCAAGAUUGUGACGCCACCACGAGAGAACCCAGUGUGCAUAACUCCAGUUUUUAGAAAUGACCAUCCAACCAAAUCCAACGAGUCUCUGAAUCGAAGCAGGAAACCGGUGGCGUGUCCGAUCUGUGGAAAAGUCUUUCCCUACAAAUCGGUGCUUAAAAUACAUCUUCGGACUCACAGUGGAGAAAAGCCGUACUCUUGCAGAGUGUGCGGCAAAGCGUUCACGCAGGCGUGCACGGUACGCGUGCACGAAAGAGUGCACUGGUCCAUCAAGCCUUUUCUCUGUUCCAAAUGUGGGAAAGAGUUUUCACAGAUCGGGACACUGAAAGGUCACACCUGUGAUGGGAAGAGGCAGACCCAUGCUACUUUGAAAGAAAUGGAAAUAGCUGGGGUGGUAACUUUUAGGUGUCAUCUCUGCAAGAAGUGCUUCAGCACGAGAGAUGAGUACGAUGUUCAUGUGCAAGCCCACACGGACAGUCACCGCUAUUGCUGCGAUAGGUGCGGUCAGAAAUACAGCCUUCGCUCUGAGCUCGACGCUCACAUGAAACAUUGUUUAUCGAUGUGGCAUGCAAAUGUGAAACCACAUAGUCAUUCUUCAGUCAAGGUAGAAACCAAAACCACCGAGCCCGAAACAGCGGAAGGUUCACAGGCUGAAAACGCAGAACUCGCAGCAAUCGAAGUGCAGAUACCCAGCUUGGUUCAGUCUCUUAAACAGGAAUACCAGACUAAGCAAAUGAAAACACACCAGUCAGAGUUUUUCCUGGAUCCAAAAAACAAGAAGUACCCUUCUCUGCUGGCUUGCCCUUCCAAGGUGAUCGCUACCUCUGCUUACGAGCCUCAGAACAGCCUUAGUCAUUGUCAGCCUUUUAAAGCACGAUACAUCGUAGCUCUGUUGAACAGUCUGGACCAGAAAUCGGACCCAAGGAAGUAUUUGUGUCCGCGUUGCGGGCGGCUUUUCAGGCACGUAGGAAGACUGAGAGCCCACAUGCUAAGUCAUGCUCGGGGGAAAAGCUUCACCUGCGGACACUGCGGGAAAAUCUCCGAAAACUGGAGCAACUUUUGGCGUCACCAGCGCAUGCACAAGCAAAGACGAGGACGCUUCUUUUGUCCGAAGUGCAGUCAGGGAUUUCGCUUUGCCAGCAUCUACAUGGAGCACUUGCAACAGCAUCCAGAGCUUAAUGCAUACUUUUGCCCCAUCUGCCCUCACACCUUUUCCAAUGCCACAAGUUUAAAGAACCACCAACAGGAAUGGCAUCGGUCGAGCAUGCCGCAUUUAUGCGACAUCUGCGGGAAAGGUUUUUCGACUUCCAUAGUCCUAAAGCGUCAUCGAGUAACACAUUGUUUUAAAAACUCGCAGGUGGACAUACCGUAUGUGGUCGACGUGCAGCCGAUGAUCAAACCUUACGAAUGCGGCAAGUGUGCUGCCAGUUUUAAAACCUUGGAUUUACUUUUCAGUCAUCAGCUCUGCCAUUCACCUAAAGGCCUGAGCUGUCGAACCAACAAUGGCCACGAAGACCCAAACAAGAGGCAACACUCUCCAUCGGACCAAAACAACCUCCUCAUUAGCAUUUCUACAUCUCAUCAGAACAAUUCGGAACCAUGUCAAGAUCUCAUUCAUACUCAUCGCUUCCCUUCCAUUCCUCCCGUUUCAUUUCAAACACAAACCCAGCAGGGAACGGAUAUCCGUGACGCACAAAACGCAACGACUUCGCCACUCAUCGCAGAUUCCAAGCCCCCGCGUUUAGAAAAAAAAGGAAUAAAAAGCACCAUGUGUACUUGCGUGAAUUCUGUGAAAGCUGAGGAAACGCACAGUGAGACUACUUUAGAGUCCAAAUCACGGCACAAAGCUGGACAUCUAGUGUGCACGGACUGCGGUGCUUGUUUCGCUUUGCUUCCAGCAUUGCAUGAACAUUACUUGAAACAUGCCAGAGGAGAGAUAUAAAAACGAUGCGGUUUAUAUAAGAAUUCCCAUCAUACUUUUUUUUAAUUUAUUUAUGGUUUUUUUUUUUUUUUCGGAAGAGAACUUUUGAAAACACACCCCACGAGCACUGCAUGGGAGAUUUUUCACUCUGAAACUCAUAGAAACUAUGAGACGUUGCACAAUUUGUCAUGGUUUGAAUGUGAAUAGCGUUCUCCUCGUAGAAACACUGACACACAUUUAAUCCAGUGAGUGUCGGAAGUAUUCCCGGCAGUCGGAUGUCAUCGGUGAAAUAUUAUUUCUUUUGGGUCUGUUAAAUCUUUAUAUUUAGCACUUAACUAUGUAGUUGAGUGGAGCAUUAAAAAUGAUCUGGACUAUCUGAAACAUCCAACUAGUUUAGUUUGCUGUUCAAAACUGCUGUACAAUUUUGUGAUUAAACCUGGUUUGGAAAAAAAAAAGUCGUCUAUUUCAACACGGUGGUUUUAAGGGGGCUUCAUACUCAGAAGUGUUUUUGUUUUUUCCAUUAUAUUUUGUAUAUCAUGUUUUGUAUAGAUUUUUAAUUUAAUAUCCCUGUACUUUUUUUAUACCUAAAUUGUUAUUUUCUCUGCAUGCAUGUUUUAAAAAUAAGCCAAUAAAACUUCAGAAAAGAAGAAGCAGUUUAGUGGGAAGCAUUGGCCAGCUGCUCCUC